AAGGCAGAGAACGCAGCAGAACCUCCUGCCCCCCUGCCCUGAUCCUUCACACCGACAGGAGGAGCGCCUCUGUGGAGAGGGAUGGCGACAAGGAUCAUUCUUUUAAACUAGUAAAUGAGGAUGACAGUACUUCAAAUGGCAACAAGCCUGUGGCAUCCACUCCAGUGCCAGGAUCUCCAUGGUGUGUAGUCUGGACUGGAGAUGACCGGGUCUUCUUCUUCAACCCUACAAUGCAGCUGUCGGUGUGGGAGAAGCCGGUGGACCUGAGGCACCGCGGCGACAUUAACAGGAUCCUCGAGGACCCUCCGCACAAGCGCAAGCUGGAUGCUGCAGCAACAGAUAAAAAUGUUAGCUCUUGUCCAGGAGAUGAAAAUGAUGAUCUUAGCAUCAAAAUUAAGAGAAAUAAAACAGAAGAUUGCCAGGUCGCUGACCAGAGGAAGGCAGGCACAGAGGAGAGGAAUGGGAAACCAGCAGCAGCGGAGGUCACACCGCCCCUCGAGGAGCGCAUCACUCAUUUCCGAGACAUGCUUCUGGAGAGAGGGGUAAGGAACACAUCCUUGGGUCAGCAUACCUCCUUGGUGAGAGGAGAGCAUUAUGUCUGACCAGUGCAGGAAGCAUGGUGUGAUUAUGGCUUGGCAUUCAAAGGAGGAAUUAUUGAGAGGG